AUGACCGGUUGGAUGCACAUCAAGGACGAACAGACAGCAUAUACCAACUACUAUAAGAAGAUGAAAGAGGGCGAGCACGAACAAUGGCCGCCCAAGUUCUGGAAGUUCCAGUUCAAAACCGAGGGUUCGCCUGGCGUAGAAGUAGCCUUCACUGAUGCGCGUAGGUUUGGUCGCGUGCGGCUUGUCGACUGUCCCGGAGACCAGAUAAGGAAGCAUUCGCCUCUGGUAGAGAACGGACCGGAUCCAGUCGUCGACCUUGAUCGUUUCACUGAAGAUUACUUGCGUUCCAAGAUGCGAGCCCGUCAUGUCCCUAUCAAGGCCCUCUUGCUAGAUCAAACGAUGAUCAGUGGAAUUGGUAAUUGGGUGGCUGACGAAACACUCUACCAAGCUAAGAUUCAUCCUGAGCAAUACUGCGAUUCGUUCAACGAUGCCCAAAUCGCUACCCUCUAUGAAAUGAUCCGCUAUGUGUGUCAAACAGCCGUCGAUAAACUGGGAGACUCAGACGAAUUCCCCGAACACUGGCUCUUCAACUAUAGAUGGGGCAAGGGCGCAAAGGGCGCAGCGACCAAGCUCCCCAAUGGCGAAAAACUGGCUUUCAUUACAGUUGGCGGACGGACAAGUUGUUAUGCGCCCGGCGUACAGAAGAAGACGGGAAAUACAGCUCCCGGCAUCAAAGAGGAGCCUCUGGAGGAAAAGGCCGAAAUUAAAGCUCCCAAGAAGUCAAGAAAGAAGUCAAGAAAGAAGUCACCAGAGGCAGCCGAGGAGAACGUCCAGCCUCCAAAGAAGAAGCGCACAAAGGCGACCAAGAAGGAGACGAAUGGAGACGCCAUAAAGACUGAGGAGGCUGCCGAGGAAGCACAGCCAGAUGUUGGGCGAAGAAGAUCCACCCGCCUCAGGAAGUAG